AUUAACCGAAAAUCGAGGCGAUUUAGGUGGAGGGUUUAAGUUAACCCGAGGAAACCCAGUUUGGACUCCCAUGUCAAUGUGACUCAUCUUCCCAAUUAAAAUAGGAAAAAAAAACGAAUUAUUCCAAGCGCUUUAUUGUCGGAUUCCCCCCUCUUCCCCUCCGCCGCCAGAGCAGCGGUUGUUGCUGUGCUUCUCCUCCGCGCUCCACAUCACAUCGCAUCACCACCGCCGCGACGAGCAGCGUGAGAUCUCGGUGCCACCGAUCGAGUCGACGCAGAGGAGAGAGAGAUCGGGGUUUGGUUUUUUGGAGGGGAGAGCGGAGUGUAGGAGGAGGAAGAAGCGGGUGAUCGAUUUUGCUUCGAUGGUAAGGGAGACGGGGUACUACGACGUGCUGGGAGUGAGCCCGACGGCCACCGAGGUGGAGAUCAAGAAGGCGUACUACAUGAAGGCGAGGAAAGUGCAUCCGGACAAGAACCCAAAUGAUCCGCUCGCGGCGGCGAAGUUCCAGGAAUUGGGAGAGGCAUACCAAGUACUCAGUGACCCCACACAACGUCAAGCGUAUGACUCAUAUGGGAAAUCUGGUAUUUCAACGGAAGCAAUAAUUGAUCCAGCAGCAAUUUUUGCAAUGCUGUUUGGUAGUGAGCUUUUUGAGGAUUACAUUGGUCAAUUGGCGAUGGCAUCCAUGGCUUCACUUGAUAUAUUUGGUGACGAAGAAGAGAUUGAUGCAAGGAUGUUGCAAGAGAAAAUGCGAGUUGUACAAAAGGAAAGGGAGGAGAAACUUGCAGAGACACUGAAAAACAAAUUGCACCUUUAUGUUCAAGGAAACAAAGAGGAAUUUGUGCAGUUUGCAGAAGCUGAGGUGUCCAGACUUUCUAAUGCAGCGUAUGGGGUUGAUAUGCUGAGUACUAUUGGUUAUGUAUAUUCAAGACAAGCUGCGAAGGAGCUUGGAAAGAAAGCUAUAUACCUGGGGGUUCCAUUUAUAGCUGAAUGGUUCAGAAACAAAGGCCAUUAUAUUAAAUCCCAAGUAACAGCUGCAACAGGUGCAAUAGCUCUCAUGCAACUGCAGGAAGACUUAAAGAAGCAUCUUAGUGCUGAGUGCCACUACACCGAAGAGGAACUUGAAGCUUACAUGGAGACCCACAAAAGUGUUAUGGUUGAUUCCUUAUGGAAGCUUAAUGUUGCUGAUAUAGAGGGAACCCUAUCACAUGUCUGUCAGAUGGUGCUUCAAGAUAGCACUAUCAGGAGAGAGGAACUAAGAGCUCGAGCUAAAGGAUUGAAAACUCUAGGCAAAAUUUUCCAGCGUGUUAAGCUUGGUUCUAGUGAGGGGGAGGUCACAACAAUCAACAAUACAAUAAAUAAUUCUGAUGACAAUGAUGGUAGUUCUCCUGAUUCAUCACCAAUGUCCCCAAGGGAGCAUCCAUAUGAUCCAAACCCACCGUAUUACCAGAGCCCGUAUGUGGAGGCCCCUCAAUUCGUCGGAGGUUACCCUUCACUCAACUUUCCAAUGCCAACCGCUCCCCCCGGUGCACAGAGGGAUCCAAUCCCAUGAUCUAUAUGGGACGGACGCGGUAGUAGCUUUGGUUCCAGAAAGGGUCAUCAUUUUGUACAAUAUUUUUCUUCCUCCUGGUAGAUGGUUGGUCACAUUGGUCAAGAUGAUUUGUGCUUAUUAGUCGUAGUAGAGUGCUGGUUGUCCUACUCCUCUGCAUGCUUUUUUUUUCCCUUCAGUUUCAGUUGUGUUUGUGUCGUGUACAGGCAGGUGCGCGUGUUGUGCAAAUAGCGCUGCUGUUAAAUCUGUAAUGCUGUUGCUGAGGCGGCAACAGAUCGGCAUUUGUUGUACAUGAACAACAAUCUCCAUAUGUCUAUGGGUGCAUAACUGUUUUUGCCUAUGGCCCAUAAUUGCUGCAUAUUUUCAUCUCAUCUCA